AUGGUGUGUCUAUAUGUUAAAACUAGAUGGAACUCUACAUACUUAAUGUUGUGUAAUGCUGAUAAAUAUGAAAAAGCUUUUGAGCUACUGGGUGAGGAAGAUUAUCAAUUUGUUGUUCCUUCUAUUAUUGAUUGGGAAAAUGAUAGGGCAUUUGUGAAGUUUUUGAAAACUUUUUAUGAUGCCAUGUUGAAGUUUUUAGGUUCAAAUUGUGUCACUUCCAAUUCAUAUUUCAUACAACUUUGUAUUAUUCAACAUACAUUGAAUGAUGGGUGUCUUAGUUGUGAUCCUAUCAUGAGAAGUGUGAGUCUUAGUAUGAAAGAGAAGUAUACAAAGUAUUGGGGGGAUAUAGAGAACAAUACGAACAUCAACUUCUUGAUGUUUGUUGCUUUUGUUCAAGAGUUGCUUUCCAAGGUAAGGGCGUUAACGUAUUGGUUGAUAAAAUGCCAUGGGCCUAAGCGGGCGGAAGCCAUAGUGAAAAUAGUGAAAUCCCUCAUAAAACGUUUGAUGGACCAAUACAAUAAGUUUAAUGCUGGUGAGUCGUCUACCAUUCAGGCAAAUGUAGGAAGUUCAAGUGGUAAUUUGAAUGUUGGUUGUGAUGUCUUGGAAGAUAGCAACUACCAAUUUAGGAAGAUGUUUUCCCAACACAUUGAGGAAGAGGAUGAUUUGGCUUGUAGGUCGGAGAUGGAUCGUGGGCAUGUAUUGGAUUGCUUUAGGAGUUCAUUGUCUCUACUUACUAUUGAGGCCUUGAUUUGCACACAUAACUGGAUAAAGAACAGCUUAAGCGAUGCCGAGUUGGAGGAGUUUUUGACAGAAUUUGAUGAGCUAGGUAAAUGUUUAUAA